AUCCCCCUUCGAUACCAAAAUCCCAUCUGGGUCCAACAGCACAAUGGUGGCAGUUAAGUACAUGGGAGAAUUCGACUACAUCCCAUCAAUACCAGCUUGUGUGGUAUUCAUCAUCCUUUUCGGAAUUACAACGAUCGUACACUUUUUUCAACUAGUCCGUGGCCGAACAUGGUUCUUCAUCCCUUUUAUAUGUGGAGGUAUUUUUGAAUUUGUCGGAUAUAUAGCGCGUGCGAUUUCCUCCAACCAAUACCCGGAUUAUAAAAUGGGACCUCUUUCUAUCCAAGCUGUCCUAGUCAUAGUCGCCCCGUCUCUUCUGGCCGCAAGUAUCUAUAUGGAACUCGGCCGCAUCAUGAUUCUCACUGGUGGAGAGGAUCUGUCACUCAUCCGACGUUCAUGGUUGACCAAGGUUUUUGUGAUUGGAGAUAUAGUGUCUUUUUUUGUUCAGGCAGGAGGAGCUAGUAUGCUUGUCAAAGCCAGCACAGCAGAAAAAGGCGGGAAAGUGGUCAAAAUUGGCUUAAUUAUACAAAUUAUCUUCUUUGGGCUGUUCAUGAUCACCAGCGUAAUCUUCCAUGUCCGGCUUCAGAAAAGGGGCACAAUGUUACCACAAAACGACGCUAUUUCCUGGAAAAGGCAUCAGACUAUGCUAUACAUCAGCAGUCUGCUUAUUCUCAUCCGGUGUAUUUUCCGAUACAUCGAAUACAAUCAGGGAAGUGACGGAACGUUGCUUCAGCAUGAGUUCUGGAGCUAUAUCUUCGAUGCCGCUCUCAUGUUUUUGGCUAUGGCCGGAUUUAAUGUGGUUCAUCCGGCUGAGAUAACAUGGGUGAUAAAGCAAAGAAAAUUCGGACGUGAGACGGAAUUGGUUGGAUAA